AGAAGAAACAUUAGAAGACUUCAAGAGCACAAGGAAGACUCCGAAUCAAAGAUGGCUGGUCCUUACCUAUCUCCUUUACCAGGGGAUUUGCUAACGGAAUACAUGUUUGGAAGACGUCGUCAGCGACGGAACCGCACAACGUUCACACCGCAGCAGCUCAGCGAACUGGAGUCCUUGUUCCAGAAGACGCAUUACCCUGACGUGUUCUUGCGGGAGGAGGUGGCGCUCAGGAUCAGCCUGUCUGAAGCUAGAGUUCAAGUAUGGUUUCAAAACCGACGUGCGAAGUGGCGUAAGCAAGCACGCCUGCAGCUGCUGCAAGAUGCGUGGCGGAUGAGGUGCCUCGGACUGGGAUCGCCACCAUUACCAUUGUCAGGUCACGGUAAACCCGACUCAUCACCAGAAGCUUCCGAGUCACCCAACGAUAAGGACUCUCCCGAGCCACCAGGAGUCAAUGAGAACCGCGAGCUGAAGUCACCUCGUCAGGACCCAUACCUUCAUAACACAAAUAUGGAACAGCUCCAAGCAGUCAACCCAAACGUUCACGAGCUUCCACCGAUGCCAUAUAAUGAAGACGGGAGGAUGUUGCAGCAACCGUUUACCUUUCCUCCAAUGAUGAUGCCACAGCCAAUAGAACCAGAAGUCCCAACGGACUUGAGGGUGAUGUCGAAGCCUAGCCCUUGUCCUUGUGGAACCUCUGUAGAUCAACCACAGAACCUCGCGUAUCGUCAACAAAAUCAUGAUAAGGACAGCGAUAGUGACACAGAUACAGAGAUAGAUCUUACAUCUCACUCUAAAGAUGACGAUAUACGGGAAUCAGAGAGGCUGGCAAAUAGAAUUGCGACCAGCAUCUUCCGAAGUGAAACAGUUCUAAAUGAAAUGAUGCCUAAUGAUCUCAGUUUAUCUACUAAGAGUAAUGAUAGGGUUAGAAGUAACGUCUCAAUCUAAUUGGGCGGCCAUUUUGAUUUACGUUUCGUAAUAGCAGAAUGUAGUUUUGUUGUAAGAAGUAUUUAAAUAUUUAAACUUGUGUUAGUAGAUCCGAAUACCCAAACUUUAGUAUCCGAAGUUUAGUUUAAUGCCAGAACAUUAGAUAUGGAAUUAGUUUUAGUUUUUAAAAGGUGAUCUGUUUCAUAUAAUUGUGAUUUUUGUUCUAGUCAAUGGUUAUACUAAGCUGUAAUUUCGUUUGUAGGCAAUAUUUAAAUUAGAACUCGUG